AUGUCCAAUAAAGGCGCCACAUUUUCUUUAAAAGUUGCCACAAACAAACAGAAAACCAAAGUCCUCUUUGCAGAGGCCGACAACCAGUUUGUAGAUGUUUUGCUGAGCUUUCUAACACUUCUCUUAGGAAAAAUUGUGAAAAUCUUGGGUAGCCAUGAUGGGGACAAAUGCUCGAAAAUCGGGAGCCUAACCACUUUGUAUAACGGUUUGGUCGAUUUGGACAUUUCUAAUUUUGAGGCAGAGGGAAGUAAGCUGAUGCUGCUCGACUCAGUGAGUCCGCCUGCCGCAAAGUGUCGUAACCUGAAACUCAAUAUCAAUGAUUAUCGAGUCACGAGAUAUUUUUGCUGCCUCGAUUUAUCUUGCGUUUGUUCGAAAAAGGAGAAUAUGAGUUUGUACUGGGGUAUUGCAAGGUGUGAUUGUGGGAAAGCAUUGACAAGAGAAGUGCCGUUGAGGAGUGUUAAGAAAAUGCCUCCCGAGCAUGGUAAUGGAGGUUUUGUCGUAAGUGGAUCGACCUUCGUAAUAUUUGACGAUAUGAUGAUAAUGCCAAACUCUUCAUCGUCCGUUUUGCAAAUUGUUAGCAAUCUUGGGAUUAAAGCAGACAUUGAUUGGGAUUUGAAGGAUGUGAUUAUUGGAUAUGAUGAGGCUUUCCGCAUAUUGAAGGCAUCUCUUGUUUCGAAGCAUGCUUUGUCCUGUGGUCUAAAUCACUUGUUGAUCAAACAGCCAAAGCAAGAAAACUGA